AUGGUACUGACUGUCCCUACUUCCCUCGUUGUAGGUUUAAACACAUAUGUGAAAUAUGCAGUGGCAAACACAGAAAGGCCCAAUGUAAUAACCGGGCCCAAGGAAGAAGUAACAAAAAGUAUUAAUUUUUAUUCGUUAGGAAGUACUCCUGUAAAAGUAUCAGUCUUGAAAAAUUAUUUAGAAUUCUACCCACUUCACAAUGUAGCACAUGAAAUUAUAUCUGGUUUCAAAUACGGUUUUUCAUUAAAAUAUUUUGGCUCUAGGGAACCAAGGGAGAGUUCCAAUUUAAAAAGUGCAUUACAGCUACCCAAAAUUUUUAAAGAAAAAUUAAUGAAGGAAGUAAAACUUGGUCGCAUUGCUGGUCCUUUCAGAUACCCACCUUUUCCCACACUUCAGGUAUCACCAAUGGGGCUAGUGCCAAAAAAGGAUGGGGAUUUCAGACUUAUUCAACAUUUAUCCUAUCCUGAGAAUAAUUCAAUAAACGAUUUUAUUGAUAAAGAUCAUUGUUCAGUGCAGUACAGUUCAGUAGACGAAGCAGCAUUUUUGAUUAAUAGACACAAAACAUUUGCCCGAUUAAGUCAGUGCGACGUAAAAGCGGCUUUUCGUUUGUUGCCAAUUGCCCCGCACGAUUUUGACUUGUUGGGGAUAAAAUUUCAGGGUGAAUAUUAUCUUAAUAAAAUGCUCCCUAUGGGGGCCUCAAUAAGUUGUGCCCUGUGGGAGAAAUUUGCAAGAGCUUUGCAUUGGAUAAUACAGCUUAAAAGCGGAAAUGAUGAUAUCCUCCAUUAUUUAGAUGAUUUUCUUUUUGUCGAGUCGAGCCAAACAUCAAAAGUUGGCAAUACUUUAAAGUUAUUCCAAGAGGUAUGCAACAAAAUAGGUAUUCCUCUUGCCAGUGACAAGACCACUUUGCCGACUACAUUACUUAUGUUUUUGGGUAUAGAAUUUGAUACACAGAAUUUAAUAAUGCGACUUCCAAAUGAAAAACUUGUCAAACUCUCCCAAAAAAUCAGAAAUACCUUGAACAGUUCUAAAAUAACUCUUAAAGAUAUGCAAUCCCUUCUUGGGCUUCUAAAUUUUGCUUGUAAGGUAGUUGCUCCAGGCCGCACCUUCUGUCGCAGACUCAUAAAUUCAACAAUCGGGGUUAGAAAAUCGUAUUACAAAAUUCGAGUAAACAAGCAGAUGAAAGCAGAUUUAGAAGUUUGGUUAGACUUUUUAAAACAAUACAAUGGUGUCACUGUAAUAACAGACAAUGUAUGGGUUUCAAAUGAAAAAUUAGAGUUGUUCACUGAUAGUGCAGGGGGGUCCAAAGGCGGGUACGGUAUCUAUUUUGCAGGUCAGUGGGCCCAAGGCAUGUGGCCAAAACAUUGGGUUGAGGCUGGAAUCACCAGAGAUAUGACAUUGUUAGAGUUGUUUCCAGUUGUAGCUGCUCUUAUGUCCUGGGAAUCCCAUUUUGUUAACAAAAAAGUUAUUUUUCAUGUUGAUAAUCAGGCGGUUGUUCAAAUCAUUAAUAUGAAAACUAGCAAAUCAAUUAGAGUUAUGACUUUAGUAAGACAGAUGGUUUUAAUGAAUUUAAAAAAUAAUACAUUAGUUAAGGCAAUUUAUAUCCCUUCAAAACAAAACCAAAUUGCUGAUUGUCUUUCUCGUUCUCAGUGGGGGAAGUUCAGAAGCCUAGCUCCAGAAGCAGACCAGUGGCCAACCAAAAUUCCAACACAGAUCUGGAACAUUUAA